AUGCCUGAUACCCUCACUCUCCAAGGCAAAGUCGCCAUCGUCACCGGCUCAGGCCGUGAAAACGGCAUUGGCGCUGGUAUUGCCCUCGCCCUCGCUCGAAACGGAGCUUCAGUCGCAGUAAACUACGUCUCCGACUCCUCCAAGGACCGCGCCGAGAACGUUUGCACCAUGCUUCGCGAGGCAGGAGGAAAGGCUAUAGCUAUCCAAGCUUCAGUCGAUACUACUGAAGGAGCAAAGUAUCUCGUUGACAAGGCCCUUGAGGGGUUUGGGACGGAUCAGAUUGACAUUCUCGUUAACAAUGCUGCGACUGCAUUUUUCUGUCCUAUUACUGAGGAACCAAACGUGGAGCAAUUGACCAAAGUCUUCCAGCUCAAUGUUCUUGGAGCGUUUUACAUGGUCCACUACGUCAUUGCUCACAUGCCUCCCGGUGGCCGCAUAAUCAACAUCAGUUCCACCAACGCCAAGCGAGGAAACGUCGCCGUCUCUGCGUAUGCAGCUUCCAAAGCCGCUCUUGAUAGCUUGACAUGGACUAAGGGUAUCACUGUCAAUUCUGUGGCUCCGGGUCCUGUGAGGACGGAGUUCUAUCCCAAGGGACAGGAGGAUGAGUUGAUGAAGGAGGAGGUUGAUAUUACUAGGGCUGCUGAUCGACCUGGAACACCUGAGGAUAUCGGUGAUGCUGUUCUUUUGUUGGUUCAAGAGAAAUCUAGAUGGAUUACGGGGCAGUACAUUGGUGUUAAUGGCGGCGUCACUUACUAG